UGGUCUGUUUCCGGUGUGAACAGGUUGAUGAGUGGAAGAUGGCGGCUCGAGGCUUCCAGACAAUGAAUCCGGGCGCGGCGGCCAUGGCCGCCGGACCAGGACCUGGUCAGGGACAGGGACAAGUUCAGGGCCAGGUGGCGGGGAGAAUGCCGCCCAGCCAGCAGCAGAGCAUGUUCCGCUCGGCCAUGCCAGGCCAGGGAUACCCGCGCCCUGGGAUGCCUCCCAGCAGCCGCAUCCCCCCUCAAGCGGCUUCUAUGGGUCCACCGGGUCCUUCGUAUGCUGGGAGUCCAUCAGUUCGACCAGGCAUGCCUCAGUCGAUGAUGGACCAGUCUCGCAAAAGACCAGCUCCACAGCAGAUUCAACAGGUGCAGCAACAGGCAGCCCAGAAUCGCAAUCACAAUGCAAAGAAGAAGAAAAUGGCAGAUAAAAUUCUACCUCAGAGGAUCCGGGAGCUUGUGCCGGAGUCUCAAGCCUAUAUGGACUUGCUGGCAUUUGAGAGGAAGUUGGACCAGACCAUAAUGAGAAAACGUCUGGAUAUCCAGGAGGCAUUGAAGAGACCAAUAAAGCAAAAGAGAAAGCUUCGUAUAUUUAUCUCAAAUACAUUCAACCCUGCAAAACCAGAUGCAGAAGAUGGAGAAGGAACUGUGGCAUCCUGGGAGCUUCGUGUAGAAGGAAGGCUUCUGGAGGAUUCAGCUGUUUCAAAGUAUGAUGCCACCAAACAGAAGCGGAAGUUUUCCUCAUUCUUCAAAUCCCUUGUGAUUGAACUGGAUAAAGAUCUCUAUGGACCUGACAAUCAUCUGGUUGAGUGGCAUAGAACAGCCACAACCCAAGAGACUGAUGGUUUCCAAGUGAAAAGACCAGGAGAUAUGAAUGUGCGUUGCACAGUCUUGCUGAUGCUGGAUUACCAGCCACCCCAGUUUAAACUGGAUCCUCGACUGGCACGACUGCUGGGCAUACACACUCAGACUCGACCUGUUAUCAUCCAAGCUCUCUGGCAGUACAUUAAAACCCACAAGCUGCAGGAUUCUCAUGAACGAGAGUUCAUCAACUGUGACAGAUACCUCCAACAGAUCUUUGAAUGUCAUCGAAUGAAGUUCUCUGAAAUCCCUCAGAGACUACAUGCUCUGCUGAUGCCUCCUGAGCCAAUUAUUAUCAACCAUAUUAUCAGUGUGGACCCAAAUGAUCAGAAGAAAACUGCUUGUUACGAUAUUGAUGUAGAGGUGGAUGACACAUUGAAGACUCAGAUGAAUUCCUUUCUCCUAUCUACUGCUAGCCAGCAGGAGAUUGCUGCUCUCGAUAAUAAGAUUCAUGAAACAAUUGAGACCAUUAACCAGCUCAAGACACAGAGAGAGUUCAUGCUGAGCUUUGCCAGAGAUCCGCAGGGCUUUAUCAAUGACUGGCUGCAGUCACAGUGCCGUGACCUGAAGUCUAUGACUGAUGUGGUAGGAAACCCAGAGGAAGAGCGCAGAGCAGAGUUCUACUUCCAGCCCUGGGCUCAAGAGGCUGUCUGCAGAUACUUCUAUUCUAAGGUGCAGCAAAGGAGACAGGAGCUUGAACAAGCCCUUGGGAUCCGCAAUACAUAAAAGGUGGCCUCAUCCUACGUGUAGCAACGAGUUGACAUGAGAUGUCUGGGUUCAAGGUUGAACGCAGUUUUUAUAUGUGCACAAAGAUUUCUGUUACAGUGUACAAACUGUAAAACUACAUGCAACACUUGCACAAAAUAAAUCACCACAUAGCCCUUGUACUCCUGAAGUGUUCUUUGCUACCUUUUAUUAUAAACUGACAUGUUCCCUUUAUUAAAAGCAUAGGAUUAGAAAGUAACAUUAGCUUAUUAUAUCCAUAUUUGGGGAAAUAUAAACCACAAUUGGUUGACCUCAAUAACUACAUAAAAUUCUAUUUAAAUGAACUAGUACUACUACUAAUAAUGAUAUAUUAGCAUACUAGAUCAGAUAAUUAAUCCUUUAUUUACUUUUGUUGUAUUUUUCAUAACCAAGAGGCUUUGUGUUGAAAGUAGCAAGUAUUUUGUAGACAGACUGUGAUACCAGCUACUUAACACCCGCCCUCAAAAAGAAACCACGUGCUGCUUUUAACAAUGGAGUGUUUCUGAAAUUCAGUGGUGAUUUUGUGGCAGUAUUGGUACCUGCCUGAAGGCAGGUCAGUGCCUCUUUGCCCCUUCGCGUUAGAUUUAUGCUAUCCCACUUGCCAACUUUUGGGGGCUAAUGUAAGGGUGCAGUGCUUAUUUCUUUAAAAAUCCUUAAAAAUAACUAGCUUGCAAGUAAUAAAUGUAUUAAUCUCACUAUUUACAAUUGAUUCUGUCUUGUUGCUUUGAAAGAUUAAUUUGAAUUUACAUAAAGUUUUCAGGUUUUUCUUUCUGCUUUGAAAUUCAUCUCGUUAGUUUUUGACAAGUAACUAGUUACAUGUUUAAAACACGUUUUUCUUUAAAUUAGUGAAUGACUUUAAAAAUCACUCCAGUGCUGCUUUACUACUGGGUUGAAUGUAUCGUACGUAUCUUAUGUAUUUUACUUUGUUCUUCUUGACUCCUAUUAGAAGUUACAAAGCCAGAAAUGAAGGGAUAAUUUUGUCUGGCUUUAGACAAAAAACUGUUGUGUACAAUUCAAAUUGAAAGGUGUCCAGAUGACUGUAGUUCCUUUGUCUGAUGCAUUGAUGAAGGUAUUAUGUACGUUUAAUACUUUAUGUAUUGUUUAACACUUGAAGGUUGGUGUGUAUAGUACCUUUACCAUCACCCUUGUACUUUGUAUUAGUCUUAAUAGAGCUCAGUACAAUUCUACUGUAAGGUUACAGUAAUAACUGUAGCACAAUUUUUGUUUGGGAGCUUUCUGCGACACACUUUAAACUUUUCAAGGCACAAAACAGUCACUUAAGUUUUACCUCUCUGAACAUGCAAAUGAAACCCAGUCCAAUGGUUGUACAAACUACAACAGUUGGACGAAACCUUCAUAGGAGUCAAUAUUUUGUAGCAGUUUAAAGGUUAAUUAGUUUAAAAAGUGAAGGAGUGAUUAAACUGAUACACGAUCCCUACCAUUCCUUAACAUUGCAGCAGCUUAUGUGUGAACCCUCUUACAGGUAAAGAACAUUAUUUUUAUCAAGUUUAAUUCUGAGGUCUUGCAAUAUGUUUCUUAACAAUAGCCCUUUGAAGCUUGAUUCUAUUAUUCAAUUUGGGAAGAGUUGACGCCAGUCUCAAGCAUAAAAAGACACUGCCCUAUUUAAAAUCACUCAUUUGGGAGAGUAAGUUAUGCAAAUUCCAAAACAAAGGCAUGUGUUUUCUUGAACACACUUUUCAUCACUCAAUAGUGCCCAUCCACUCAAUAAAGCCUUACUGAGUGGGUGGGCACUAUUGAUCAAUAAAAAUAUGUUCAAGUCCCCUCUGACAUUCGGUGCCCAGAUUUUCAUGUAGUGAUUAGCUGGAUAAGCUGUUGGAGGUUGGACAGUGCCUAUGAUCAGAGGCUGAAAGCAGGCCAUAAAAUGUUACAUUUUUAAAAUAAAUUUAUGACCUGUAGCCUAAAUUAGAACAGGACAGAUUUGUCCCUUUGUUAGGGUGACAGCAUUGCUGUUGUCAAACUGAUGCUUUAUUCCUACAUUGUAACUGAAAAGUCCAAGCAAUGCUUUUUUUGUACCUGUAGAAUUUUCUCCCCCUUUAAAUCUAGAAUGCAAGGUUAACACUUUUGCUUCGAAGAGAAUAAAACAGUUAAAAUAAAUCUCCCCAAUAGGGUGGUUGAGGUCCUUAGGAGCUCACCUUAUAAUUUAAAUCAUGCUUGGACAACAACAUCCCAAGUUCAUUCGCUGGUUUGUUCGUUAUUCUGCUUUGACGGAACUUGACAUGCUACAAUUGGCCACUCCCAGGGUGGGAGGAAAAGAAGAAAGGAUUAGCCAGAAUUGCUGCCCAGUUACUGCUUGGCUCUUUGUUAUUGGAUACCGCUUCAGUGUUCCAUAUCUAGGCUUGCUGAGUAGUUGAUUAGAGAAGGUGGGGUCCAUGCCAACAUCCAUGAAAUCAUAACUUGAAGCAUUUGAAAGGGUUGCAGAGGGCAGAUCUAAAUUAUCAUUGGAUAAAAAGCAAUAACAAUUGACUUUCUUCAGUAACUGACCAGCUGAAAACAAAUCAGUUAUGUUUCCAGUGACAUUAAAAGUUUUUCCCUUGAUUAUGCUGCUAUUAGAUACUUAAUCUGAAGCCACUUGGAUGUUUGAAGUGGGCUCUGUGUGUUUGAUGGCACACGUUUGUAUUGCUAGAUGUUGUUGGAUCUGUUUUAUUCCAUUCAGCUACCUCUUCAAAUGUUGAAAAAAAACAAAAUGAAAGUAAUUUGAUUUCAAACACUUGCGUCCUCUUUCUUGGUAUGACUGUGGUUAGGAUGGGGGUAGUCACAAAUAGAAGCAGUUAAACCUCAGCAGUUAUGCUGCAAUAAGCUGUAUUUUUACUGAGUAACAUUUUGAGGGACCAUUUUUGUACACUAUGCUUGUAUGUGUCACUCAGUUUUAAUAAAACCUUCAACACAGAA